AUGGCGACCUACGUGAGGUGUAAGAGUUGCUUCUUCUCCGUGGAACGGGCUGCUUUUUUGUCGCGUGGCAACUUGUUCAACGUCGAAACUAAACGGUACGUGCGUGGACUGAAAAGGAGGCCGGUCAAGGUGAUAUUUCCUGAAAACGAGGAGAAUAAAGGAGACGUAAAGCCGUCAGUGGCGAGGGAGAAGGAGGAGGUUGACGUUCCUUUGAGAACCAAGAAGCAACCUCCGGGGGACAAAAGUGACGCGGAGGCCACGAAUGGCGAGAUCUCAUCGGGGAAAAGGGCUCAUGCGGACGUUAAAAGCGAUCCAAUUGAUGGGCUGCGCUUCGAGAGGGCUUCGCCGGGGGAUAAGAGACUGUCGAGGUUGGUGAGCGUGGCCCGUUCCAGAACCUUCCGCGAGCACCACGGCAAGAUCCUGCUGGAGGGCCGCCGUCUGAUCUGCGACGCCUUGAACGCGGGCGCCGUCCCCCAAAGCGUCUUCUUCAGCACCCCCGAGCGCCUGCGGGAGCUUCCUUUGGAUAAGCUGAGGGGGGCGACGCUGGUCAAAGUCAAGUUUGAAGACAUCAAAUUGUGGUCCGACCUGGUGGCCCCGCAAGGAGUUCUGGGUAUUUUUUCUCGUCCCGACGCGUCCCGACUGAGCCUCGCCGCAAGCCAACACUCGGUGGCGCUGUCGCUCGUCUGCGACAACAUCAGAGAUCCGGGCAACCUCGGCACCAUGCUGCGAUCCGCCGCCGCCGCCGGCUGCCGCCAAGUCUUGCUCACGAAAGGCUGCGUCGACGUUUGGGAGCCCAAAGUUCUGCGGGCGGGGAUGGGCGCCCACUUCCACCUUCCCGUUCAUUCUAGUUUGAAGUGGGAGGAGGUGGAGAGUCACCUCCCCGAGGACGUCGCCGUCCACGUGGCCGACAGCCGACAAAACCGAGACGACGGCGCCUGCCGCAAACCCGGCGAGUUCGGCUGGGUCAGCUCGACGGCCGUGCGGCGGGACGCGGACUUUGAGGACUCCGACUCGGACGACGAGCUGACGCCGCCGGCGCCGGAGGCCGCGGCGUACUACCGCGACUGGGCCAGGAAUCCGGUCGCCUUGGUGGUGGGCGGGGAGACGCACGGGCUGAGCGUGGAGGCGCUCCGGCUGGUGGAAAAAAAGGGAGGACGCCGCCUCUUCGUUCCCAUGGUGCCUCACGUGGACAGCUUGAACUCGGCCAUGGCAGCCAGCAUCCUGCUGUUUGAGGCCAGGAGGCAACUCUUGGGAGCAACGCAAAUCUCCCAGAGGAAGUCCGCAAAACUCAAUAUCUCGACUUUCUGUUAAAGAGCGGAAUCAAACGCAGGACGUUGUCCAGGUCCUGAAGGAGCGAAGCAGCCCAAGACCAUCCAUCAGACUACCUCCUCCACCGUCUUUGGUUAGGAUAUUCUUUUUCUGCUACAUUUGCAACGGGACACACACCGUGCAAAAAGCUCAACUUUCAUUUCAUCUCCUCUUCCAAAUGUUUUUUUUUUUUUUUUGUCUCCUUGGAAGUUGAACUUGGAACGCUAUUUUUUUUUUUCUUCCCCCCAGUCUCUUCCUUUAUUCUUGUGUCACGAAGACGGCCCUUAACUGAGCAAGAGAGGGCUGUCCCCAGUCCUUUUGUGGCCUACUGCAUGCGUCGCUGGUGUUCUCUUGGGCUGAUCCGUUUUCUCCAUGUGAGGAUAAUGGCGGACUCUGUCGUGCACGUAUGUGUGAGUCCUGGGCUUGCAACGUGCGGGCGGAGUUGGGUUUGUCAAUUUAAACAAACAUCCCUGGGAAGCUUUCAAGAAAUUUUGCCCAAUUUUCCAUCUUGUCGAUUAUGAAACAGCACUUCCUUUUUCCCUUUGCUCGUGUGCGCUAAAUGCCGUUGAUCCGGUUACGAAAGUAUCGUUUUCUUUGCCUU